CCAAUAGUUUCUGUCGAGGGUGAGGGUGAGGGUGACAAUUUGCAUCCACAAAAAUCUAAAAAAAGAUCAUGAGUUUAUUGCUAAACAAAAAAUCAACUUGCUGAUAUGAUAAAAAAUGAUGAUAAAUCAAUUAAAUUUCAUAAACUGGUAAAGACUCCGAAAUCGUCUCCAGUAUGGGAAUCUUUUAGUAUUGUUGUUGUUAAUGAUGUGAAACAAGAAGUGGUGCGUUGUGAUGGAUGCAAAUUGUUGUUAAUCUAUUGACAAAAAGAUGGUACACAUUCUUUGGCAAAACAUAAACGUUCGUGUCAAGGUGGUGAAAUAGAAGGAGGCACAAGUUCAUUUAAUCAAACAAAAGUAACAGAGUUUUAUUUGUCAUCAAAAACAUAUAAUGCACCAAAAAAACUUAAAGAAAAAGUCAAGCUGGCUUGUACGGAAUUUACUGCACUUGACUCUCGUGCUUUUGAGUUGUUAUCUGGAGAAGGUUUUUCAAAUAUGGCCCAAUCUAUUUUUGAUGCUGGUAAACAUUUUAAUUCAACUUCGAACAUCAAUGUCAAAGAAUUUAUUCCAUCAUCAGUAACGAUUAGUCGUCAUAUCGAUAAGUUAUAUGAGAAAAAAAAUCUGAAUUAG